GGCACACAGUUAAGUGCACAGUGACUUAGUUGAGCAGCCCCUGCUGCCCCCAGGAGCUUGCAAUCUAAGCAGCCCCCUGCUGAGUGUGAGGCUUAUGCUGAGUGGCUUCCUCCUGAUUCUUUGCCCCUCCCAUUUGGCUGAGUGUCUGAUCAGGAGGGAGGGAGGGAAGGUCUGUUCCCAGCCUGUGCUCUGUGAGUUCGCCCGCAUCUGGCAGUCUCCCCACUCCACGCGCCGAUCCACGCACACGGCACGGCUGGGUCAGGUGACAGACUGGGCAGAAAAAAAGUGACCCACUUCAGCCCUGACCAUGCAGAACGGGGACAGAGCCCAGAGGGAGCAGGCGAGGACACCCAAGCAGCAGAUGGCUGACAGGCUGAGGGAGCUGACCCAGACCAGGCUGCAGAAGAUCUGGAUCCCCCACCAAUGCGAGAGGCUGCAGCAGAGGAGGGGAUCUUCUAUCCCCCAGUUCACCAACUCCCCUACGAUGAUCAUACUGGUGGGCCUUCCUGCUCGCGGAAAAACCUACAUCUCCAAGAAGCUCACCCGCUACCUCAACUGGAUCGGAACACCCACUAAAGUAUUCAACGUUGGACAGUAUCGCCGAGAGGCUGUGCAAACUUACAAAAGCUAUGAGUUUUUCCGUCCAGACAACCAAGAAGCCAUGAAGAUACGCAAGCAGUGUGCACUAAAUGCCUUGAGGGACGUCAACACUUACCUGUCACAGGAGGGAGGACACGUGGCGGUGUUUGAUGCCACGAAUACCACGAGGGAGAGAAGAUCCAUCAUUCUCCAGUUUGCCAAGGAGCACGGGUACAAGGUAUUUUUCAUUGAAUCGAUAUGCGACGACCCUGACAUCAUUGCCGAAAAUAUCAUGCAAGUGAAAAUAUCCAGCCCCGACUACAAGGACUGCGAUCGAGAGAAAGUGGUGGAGGAUUUCCUGCAGAGGAUUGAGUGUUAUCAGAUGACUUACGAGCCCCUGCAUGAUGACUUGGACAGUGACCUUUCGUACAUCAAAAUUUUUAACGUUGGGAGUCGCUUCCUGGUGAACAGAGUUCAGGACCACAUCCAGAGUCGCACGGUGUAUUACCUCAUGAAUAUCCACGUCACGCCACGCUCCAUCUACUUGUGCCGGCAUGGAGAGAGUGAACUUAAUCUGCUGGGGAGGAUUGGAGGGGACUCUGGGCUGUCUCCACGUGGCAAGCAGUUUGCGCAUUCCCUGGGUAACUUUGUCAAGUCACAGGAGAUUCCAGACCUGAAAGUAUGGACGAGUCAUAUGAAACGUACCAUCCAGACGGCAGAAGCAUUGGGUGUCCCGUACGAGCAGUGGAAGGCGCUGAAUGAAAUUGACGCGGGUGUGUGUGAAGAGAUGAUGUAUGAAGAGAUACAGGAGAACUAUCCAGAAGAAUUUGCCCUGAGAGAUCAGGACAAGUACCGGUACAGAUACCCCAAGGGGGAGUCCUACGAGGACCUAGUACAGAGGCUUGAACCGGUGAUUAUGGAGCUGGAACGUCAGGAGAAUGUCUUGGUGGUUUGUCACCAGGCUGUCAUGCGAUGUCUGCUGGCGUACUUCCUGGACAAAAGCGCAGGUGAACUGCCAUAUUUGAAAUGUCCUCUUCACACUGUGUUGAAAUUGACCCCUGUGGCAUACGGUUGCAAAGUGGAAUCCAUAUACCUGAAUAUAGAAGCAGUGAAUACGCAUAGGGAGAGGCCGUCGCAUCUGUCCAGAAAGCCCAGCGAGGCUCCUCUGUAUCGUCACUAUCGUGCCGUACCUUUAGCUAGCCCAGAGCCCACCAAAAAGCCCUGCUUGAAAGACCUGGGUUUGUCAGGCUCUCUGUGCAAAUCGCUGUACCUGCAGAACGUAGAGGUAUCGCGAGACCCGGAAGAAGCCUUGGUGACCGUACCAGAGCAUUUUUAACAA